CUUCCUGGUUUAGAAAAAUGGAUGAUUACAUUUGAUUGAUUUUGUUUUAUUCCUAAAUUAAGGCAAGCUUACAAUUAGAUCACAAUGGCCUCUAAUACAAGUAUAUGUGGUAUAUGUUCACUUCGACAGAUAACGAAAACAUCUGACAACUGGUGCCCGGAAUGCGAAGAAGCUCUUUGUAAUGAGUGUACAGACCAUCAUAAAGUACUGAAAGCCACACGAAGUCACGAAGCCAUACCAAUUUUCAAUUACAAGUCACUUCCUUCAUUUGUAACUAACAUACAGCAAUCAUGUAUCUAUCACAAUGAGCAAUAUCUACAAUACUGCGUUGACCAUGCUUUACCUAUUUGUUUUAAAUGCAUAAAUGACCACCGUAAAUGCAACGUCACUACUCUUGAGAAUACCUCCGGUAAUAUUAAGACGUCUGGGCAUUUUCUAGAUCUGGAAUCCAGGCUGGACGACCUGGUACAAAACAUCGAUCGAAUGAAGAAGGACCGAAAGACUAAUCUGACUGACAUUGAAGACAUGAAAACGCAGCAUGUUAGUGAAGUUAAGAAGAUACGAGUUGAAAUAAACAAACAUUUAGACAAUCUUGAGAGACAAAUUAUAAAAGAUCUUGACAAGAAGGAGUAUCAAUGUAAAGAGAUGAUUCGGGGAGUCUUAUCGUCAGUGAAAGAACAAGAAACCAUGAUAAAUCAAUGUAUGGCCAACUUCCAAAGCAUCAAACAAUAUGCAUCCGAUCUUCAAACAUUUCUUGGGAUGAGAGAAAUUGAGUCGAAAGUUAAUGAAAAUGAACAAUAUCUGCGGACGCUGAUAGAAACACAUAGUUUCGACCAGCUUGACCUGGUUUGUAAGGUAGACACAGGUGUACAAAAUAUUAUGAAAAAUGUAAAGAAUUUCGGAUCAAUAGAAAUAAAAAAUCGCAUUAAUAAUAUUCAGUUGACCAGAGCGAAAUAUAAGCAAGCACAACUGCAAGUAGCAGCAGCGAAAAAGACUGUAAACGAUGUGAAGUUAAUUCUGCAGAAGAAGAUAGUAACAAACGGAAUUUUUGUUAGAGGUUGUUGUAUGUCAAAGGAAGGGGAAUUUCUGUUCACUUAUCAUACUAAACAUUCGCUUGGUGUAAUUGCGUCAGAUGAAACCCUCAAAUAUAGCAUGUCACUUGAUCCUAGUCAUGGGUAUGACUUAACAUUUGUCGAUGAUAAAACUGUUGCUAUUACAUCUGGAGAUUCAUCAAAGAACGGAAUUGAUAUUAUUAACAUUGAGAACCGAAGUAAAAUAAAGUUCAUCAAUGUUCCUGGUCCUCCAUAUGGAAUCACACGUGAUCGCGACUCGCUGUUUGUCUGUGUAACAGAACUUGGUAUAUACAAAGUAAACACUUUUGAAUAUACUACCUCUCACGUGAUCAGUUGUAAGUUGCCAAAGUAUUCAUAUGUUUAUGUAUUCGCCGACAAAAUAUACUACACUGACAACUUUGAUCAAAGUGUAGUUUGUUGUGACUUUCAAGGAUCACGUGUUUGGUAUUUUAAAGAUGCUUCAGUAUUGAAGUUACCGAGAGGCAUCACUGUAGAUAAUGAUGAUAACGUGUAUGUUGUAGGAGAAAAUUCGUCGAAUGUAGUCAUCUUAUCAAACGAUGGAAAAUAUCACAAGGAAAUUCUGACCGGAAAGAAUGAACUUUUGCAUCCAUCUGCCAUUUCCUUAGAUAAACAGAACGGGACACUUCUUGUUGCGAACCGAAGCCAGACUGCUUUUCUCUACAAAAUAGCGUAAAAGUUAUUGAAAAUCAGGGGUGUCUUGGAAAUAUGUAAAAUUCAAAGUUUAAAAAACGUAUUUAUAGCCUUUUAAACAAUUGAUGUCACUCAUUUGCUUUUCAUUGAAUGCAAGUAACACAAGAAAUCAAAAACCUAGUGACUAAGUUUAACAUUUCUCUAUAUGAGGUUUGCAAAAUUAUAGUUUACAAAUUAAGGAGACAUGUUAUGAUUGUAAUGGGACCAAUAUCUUUAGAUAUUAAAUUACGUGGGUGUAAGCACCUAUAGUUCAGUAUGGCGUCUUUAACGAUGAACAAAACACACAUCGUAUAAUAAAGUAAACAAUCCAUUUUAUGUAUAUAUAUAUAUAUAUAAUUAAACAAUAUAAAAAAGAAGAUAUGGUAUGAUUGCCAAUGAGACAACUCUUCAUAAGAGACACAAUGACACCCCCUCAUUUCUCAAUACUUUGGUUCGUUAUAACAAAAAAUAAAUGCAUACAAUUUCUA